GAGGACAGUUGUGCAACCUCAGAGGCAGCAUUGUGGCAUUUGUCAUCAGCCAAUAGCCUAAGCUUUAUUGCCCUUUUUUGUGCUUUACUUGAGACAACAAAAUACAGCUCUUACUAGUACUAAUACAACACCAGUCUUGUAGUAGUUGUAUUAUUGGUUUAGUUUAUCUUCUCUGAUCUCCAAAUCAUGGCACAAACUUCAAGAACGAUGUCUUUCUUUUCCUGCUUUCUCCCCUUUUUCUCUCUUGUCUUUCUAUUGCAAGCCCUGCAGAUUUCCUCAUCAUCACCCACCCCAAUAACUAUACCUCUUUCAUUUUCCAACACAGAUUCAUAUGCAGAUCUGUACCAAAAGCUUUCUCAUCUAGCUUUAGCCUCCUUAGCCAGAGCCCACCACAUAAAAAAUCCUCAACUAUCCAGUACUGCCUUCACCAGCACUACUCCUCUGCUGCCUCACAGCUAUGGUGCCUACUCAAUUUCACUCAGUUUUGGCACCCCACCUCAGACAAUCUCCCUCGUCAUGGAUACUGGUAGUGACUUUCUUUGGUUUCCAUGUACCAAAAGAUACCAAUGUAAAAACUGUUCAUUUCCAGGCGCACGGGAGAUCACUUCGUUCAGUCCUAAACAAUCAUCAUCAAUUAAGAUUGUUGGAUGCUUGAAUAAGAAAUGCAGUUGGAUUCAUCCAAACUUUGAUCCUCAGACAAGUUGCGGCGAAUGCCAAUCGCUUAGUGCAAAGAACUGCACUCAAAUCUGUCCACCUUAUCUUAUUCUUUAUGGUUCAGGCUCAACUGGUGGAAUAGCAAUUGUUGAAACUCUGGAUUUGCCUAACAAGAAAGUUCCAAACUUUCUUGUGGGCUGCUCUCUUUUCUCAUCCAGACAACCAGCAGGAAUAGCUGGUUUUGGAAGGGGACCUGCCUCAUUGCCAAGCCAAUUGGGCCUCAAGAAGUUCUCUUAUUGUCUUCUCUCUCGCAGGUUUGAUGACACUGGCGAGAGUGGCUUCUUGGUGUUGGAUGGUGACUCCAAUUCUGGUAAAAAGACUGAAAAUUUUAGCUACACCCCGUUGGCUAAAAACCCAAUUGUGGCUGGGAAAAGUGCACUUCAGGUUUACUACUAUGUCGGUUUAAGGAGAAUCAGUGUUGGAAUGAAGAAAGUAAAGAUCCCAUACAAGUACUUAGCCCCUGAUUCUGAUGGCAGUGGUGGAACUAUAGUCGAUUCAGGCUCAACGCUUACCUUUAUGAGUUCACCUGUUUUUGAAGUUGUGGCCGGUGAAUUCAUAAAACAAGUGAAACUAUACAGAAGAGCAGAAAAUAUCGAGUCCUUAACAGGUUUAAGGCCAUGUUUCAAUCUUUCUGGGCAUGAUUCCAUAGUGUUGCCUGAGCUGAAGUUCAGCUUCAAGGGAGGUGCAGAGAUGAAGUUGCCAUUAGCCAAUUACUUCUCAUUUGUUGGUGGUAAUGAGGUUCUUUGCCUGACUAUGGUGACAGACAAUAUUGGUCCGGCCCUGACAACAGGGCCAUCAAUCAUUUUGGGCAGCUUUCAGAUGCAAAAUUACAACGUGGAAUAUGAUCUUCUGAAUGAGAGAUUUGGGUUCAGGCAACAAUCUUGCAAGUGACAAAAAGUUCAAGCAGCAAAUGGGGGAGAAUGACAAUUAUUGCUAAUAAUUUCUUAGCUAGAUAGUGUGAUUAUCCUGUUGAGCAUGGGUUUAUCUAAUAAUCUUUAUGUGCUUUACAAAAGUGAAUUGCAUUCUUUGGUAGAACAAGCAAAGAGAGAAACUACAAGAACCAUUUUACAUUGACGAAAGCAGCAUGUGCAAUUGUAGGACAAUUGGCAUCUGUUUUGACAUCUGGUGUAGACAGACGUCUGAGAAGAAGCACCGUGUUUUUUACUUUAAUCUAUUGAAUAAGAUUUUCAAUCAUACAUUUUCUUCUU